GGUAAAAUCCAAAGCUUUUUUUUUGGAAAUUGUCUUACCCAUUUCUCUACCGUAAGACAUUUUCCUUUCUCCUUUCUCUUCUAAGCAAAUUUUCUUCCACAUCUUCAUCUCCGUUCAUCACCUCCCUUCACCAUCUCCGUCCGUCAUCUUCGUCGACCGUCGGCCUUACUUCUAUUUUGAAGAAACCCUAAAAAAUUGGUAGGCACAGUCAAGAAAAGAAAACCCAAAAGCAGUGUUUCUCUCUCUGUCAUCAACAAGUAUUUUUCUGUUAAUUUUCACUGAUUUGAUUUCUAGAUCGGUUGGUUGUGGAAAGAAUGUUGGCUUCUGAAGGAAUAAAAAGGGUAGAACUGGGCAGAGAUGAAUUUGAAAAACGAGUUUGGGAGUGGAAAGAGAAGUAUGGUGGGACCAUUACUAAUCAGAUUAAGAGACUUGGGGCUUCUUAUGACUGGACUAGAGAAUGUUUCACCCUCGAUGAGCAACUAAGUCGAGCUGUUAUAGAGGCAUUUAUUAGACUUCGCGAAAAAGGAUUAAUUUAUCAAGAUUCCUCACUUGAGACCUGCGGAAUACAAGAGGUCUAGGUUACCUAGGAACAGGAGGACUAACCGUGCCUAUGGUGGUGUGUUAUCUGGCAGUGCAGUCAGGGGGAGGAUUAUUCGGGCCUUUUUGGUUGAAGAACAGAAGAUAGUGAAGAAGGUUUUGAAGAUUCAGAAAACCAAGGAAAAGGUUUCAUCAAAGAACCAGUUCAACUGAUAAAAGAUUCAUUAUGACAGGAAGUAACAUCGUUGUUUCUGAUUUUUGUUUUUUUCUUCUAGUUCUACGCAUUUUUAGACAUCUCUUGUACAAGUAAACUUCAAAAAUAAACUUCAUAAAUAGAGAAAGAAUCAAGACACCGCAUGUUGUAUCAAUAUCUUUUUAAAAGGGUGGCUAUUCCAGUUGGCAAGAAAUAAAGCAGUAACCACAUAAAAUUUGGCUUCAAAAAUUUUCUCAGGGUUGAAGUUAUUGAUACUUUUAUGCGGUGUAAUUUUAUGCACUUGGACAAUGUUGUUACUAUGUGGUGUACUACUAAUUAUGUAUUUGGAUAAUAUUAUUUCUAGUACUCAUUGUGGUUUCGAAGCAA